UGUACGUAUGUUCCGUGUUGCUACUGUUCAGCAUUCUUUCUACGAGUGCGCAGGAGAAAAGACGUCAAUUUGAGGAGAUAUAGUCGUAUAUUUUGAAAUAUCUGAAACAUCAAUAUUGAAGUCAUGUGGUUUAAAUUCACUUUAGCCGCUGUUGUGCUCCUUGGCGUCAGCUGUUCAGCCAAGCAAUCUGACCCAAAAGUCCAAGUGUAUAGCCACGGUCCUGGAAUUUUCGGCAAAAAGAAUGUGCUGAUCUGCCAUGUUAGUGGCUUCCAUCCUCCUGACAUCACCAUUGACCUUCUCAAGAAUGACCAGGUGAUUCCAAACACCAUCCAGACAGACCUGGCCUUCGAGCAGGGCUGGGACUUUCACCUGACAAAGUUCAUUGACUUCAAUCCCCAGAGUGGAGAGGUGUAUUCCUGCAAAGUCCGACACCUGACAAACAUUAAGACCUACACAUGGGAGCCUGAUAUGUGAAACACAAUUAGUAGUUCGGGCAAAACACAAUUAGAAAUACCUGAAAUCAGCACCUCACCCUUUCUCUGCAUAUAGACUCCAGAAAUUUUCCAGUACUGCAAGCGCAAUCAUACGCACUUGCUUUGAUUUUAUCAUGAUGGCUAUGAAAUUCUCACCUUCAGUUUUUUAGGAUGCUGCCACCUAUGAUGUUAAGAUUGUCAGAAUUUGAAUGCUUUCAUUCUUGAUAAGAGCUUCCUAACUUUUAAAGCCCAAAGUAUACUUCGGUUUUGAUGCAAAUGCUCAGUGUCUGCAUACAGUUGAACAUGAGCCUGUUGAAAUAGACUUAAUUUUACUGUGCGCGCAUACAUAGGCAGUUGCCGCAUUCCUGUUAUGACUGCUAUGAGAUACUGGACUAUUUCUCCACAGGAGUUCAGACACAUAAACGAUGUUUUCAUAUUCUUUACACUCAUGUUAUACAAAUGCAGGUAUCUCCAGACCUCCUCACACAAGUGCUCUUGAUGUGCACAUCCACUGUUGUUGUUUCCUCAUUCGUCUUCUGUAAUUUAGCAGUGAUUGAUCAAAUGUGAGUGUUGUCAUCUUGCGGACCCACUAAUUAGUGCAAAUAAAUCCAGGUGCAUGCACUUUCAAAGAUGCGCAGUUAGAAAAAUUUACAUUUAUGCAUUUGGCAGACACUUUUAUCCAAAGCGACUUACAGUGCACUUAUUACAGAGACAAUCCCCCCGGAGCAACCUGGAGUUGAGUGCCUUGCUCAAGGAAACAGUUAUGUGCUUUAGCCCACUACGCCACCACCACUCAUCGCGCUACGCACGUUCAGUGCUCAAGCACACUGCUGAUGACUAGAUUUGCCUGAUGUGUCAUGUAAGCGGACGCUAAGCAUUCGUGUCUGACUGAAGUAUACUUUGGGAUUGAACUGUUUAUAUUACUGUAAGUGUGUGAAUUUAAAUACCACCUAAUACAUUGUGUGUGAAAAUUCUUUACUUUGUUUUUUUCUUUACAAGAUAAGCAAUUUCUUCAACUAAAUAUAUUUUGUUUUGAAUUGUAAUCUUCGCUUUAUAAUUCAGGAAUAGUAAGCUUUCGAUUUCAGUAGCGUAACUCAUGCAGUCAUUAGAUUGAGCAAGUUUUUUGCUGAAAAACAAACUCAUAAAAAGCUUUUAAUUUUUCCCUCUAAAAUGAAACAAUGAAAUGAUGAAAACAUCAGCGAUUAUUCAGGUAGAUAACGUUAGAAAUUAACUUACAUUGUAAUGUUUUGGAAUUGUAAUUUGGUUCAAUAAAAUAUAUUUUUUUUCCUCCUUAAGUGUGUGUAAAAAUUUGAUGGAUAGGGCAGUUUUCUCAGUGUGGUCUUGGUCUUCAAAUCUCUCAAGAGAACAUAAAUAUCUUAAAUUAUAAAUUCUUGGCCUGAGCCUUUGUCUCGGCAUAUGGUAUAAAUGGAAGCUGGAUCCUGCCACGGAAUAAAGAAAAUAAAAG